CUCAUAACAUUUAUCUUUUUAACAAAUUAACAGAAAAACAAACACACACUGUCAUGACAUAACAACAACAAUAAAACAACAAUAAAAAACCAAUAUUUAACAUACAUUACACACUUUCUCUUCUACCUAUCUUUUCUCUCUCUUUUUCUUUUUCCUUCCCAAAACAUGGUUUCACCUUCACCUUCAUGUUCCAUUCUCUUUUUUCUCAUUUCAAUACUUCUAACAACGGUUUCAUCUCUCAAAUGUUCAACUCAGAAACUAACCGAAACAAAACUCUACCCGCACUGCCUCGACCUCCCCGUACUCAACUCCUACCUUCACUACACCCACGACCCGACAAACUCCACCCUCUCGGUGGUUUUCAUCGCGUCCCCGCCGAGCCUAGCCGGUUGGGUUUCAUGGGGAAUAAACCCAACCGGGGUAGGAAUGGCGGGGGCACAAGUGAUCGUAGCGUUUAAGAAUAACACCGCGAUGGGGAUGAAAACGUUGGACCUUAAAUCUUAUAAAGUUAUUAUACCUGGGAAGCUGUCGUUUGAUGUUUGGGAUAUGAAAGCGGAGGAAGAUGGUGACGGUUUUAUGAAGAUUUUUGCGACGGUUAAGGUUCCGGUUAAUGUUGGCGUCGUUAAUCAUGUUUGGCAAGUGGGGCCCGCCGCAGUGGCAGGAAUGGUGGGUCCGCAUGAGUUUAAUCCACCGAAUUUGAAUUCUAAAGGAAGGCUUAGCUUGAAUGGAUCAGAGCUUUCUGAUGUUCCUGUGGAUUUUGCCACCAAAAAGAAAUAUAUUCAUGGAGUACUAAACACAGUGAGUUGGGGUAUUUUGUUUCCCUUUGGAGUAAUCAUGGCAAGAUAUGUGAAAACAUUCCCAUCCGCUGAUCCAGCUUGGUUCUAUCUUCAUGUUGGUUGUCAAUUAUCUGCUUAUGUUCUUGGACUUGCUGGUUGGGCAUCUGGCAUGAAACUUGGAAGUGAAUCAGAAGGGAUUACUUUCAGUUUUCAUCGUAAUGUCGGAAUUACCCUCUUCUGUCUUGCAACUAUACAGGUAUUUGCAUUGUUCUUGAGGCCAAAUAAGGAUCACAAAUACAGAUUUUACUGGAACAUCUAUCACCAUAGUUUCGGAUACACAAUAAUCAUCCUCGGAAUUCUCAACAUAUUCAGAGGCUUUGAGAUCCUAAGCCCUGACCACAAAUGGAAAUCAUCUUACAUUACAGUGAUAAUUGCAUUGGCUGUAAUUGCCUUAGUGUUGGAAGCUAUCACAUGGAGUGUUGUGAUGAAAAAAAAGUGUAAAAACAACAAUAAAACAUAUGAUGGACACAACAACAAUGGACAAACAAGGGACCAACACCUCAGUGUUUGAAUCUUUUGACUAGAUUUAGGUUUGCUCUUCUCUGGUUUUCAGUGUUCUGUUUGGAUAUUUUUAGCUGCUUCCCCUUUUUUUUCUUUUCUUUUUGCUAGAUAUUAUAUGUUAUCUGUAUAAUACUUGGCUUUGAUAGUGGCUUUUAAGUUAUAUACUCUACUGGUUUUGAUA